CUUCAUUAAACCUAGAAGUAGAAAGCGAGCUUGGCUUUAAUGAGGCUUCUCCCCAAAAAUUCAGCUUGUCCUUUCCCAGCCCAACCCUAACCACCCAACAUAGCUCAAACCCUAACCGCCACCACCAGGUCUACUAGCACAUAAAUUUACAACACAGCCCCAACAAACCACCCAAAAAGAACUGCAACCCAAGGAGAUUACUGUACUUUAAACACAAAUACAAAAUCAGAGGGGGUUUCGUCAGAGACCAUGUUUUUGCAAGAACCAGUGUUAUAUGUAGCAAGUGCAGCUUUAAGGUGUUUGGUAUUGUUUGCUGAGCUCCGGAAACCUGAUCCGAAUCGUGAAGCAUCAAAGAAAGCCCUUGAACAUAAGAAAGAAAUCACUAAGCAUUUGGGUCGUCCCUUUAUCCAAACAAACCCUUAUGAGCAAGCUUUGUAUGAACUGGUUAUUCUUCCUCUGCGGAAACCUGAGCUCUUCUCACAUGAGAAACUUCUUGGUCCACAAAAGGGGGUAUUGUUAUAUGGACCUCCAGGCACCGGGAAGACCAUGCUUGCAAAAGCUAUUGUCAGAGAGUCGGGAGCUGUUUUUAUAAAUAUGAGGAUCUCUAAUCUGAUGAGCAAGUGGUUCGGCGAUGCACAAAAGCUCGCUCGUCUGAUGGGAAGUGUACGUUUCUGGGGACUUCUACCACUCGUCCUCGUCUUCUAUAAAACUCCAUGCCAACAAAAGGCAAUAAUGCAACCCUUGGUACAGAUUUUUGCUGGAUAUUUCCACGCAAGGAGAGCUCCCUUAACUAGUUGAUGACUAAACAAGAGUAGUGGACAGAGGGAAACAGGAUCGUUCUCAGGUAUCAUUAGGAAUUGUUUCAAGGAGGAAAAAGUAUAAGGUUAGGUUUCUUAAUGCCAGAGGCAGUUUGACAGAGAUGGAUAAGGAGGUUAGUGACAACUCUAUGGACUCUACUCUUGCCAAUGUCAAUGGAAGGUUGGAAAAUUUGGCAACUUGUACUGAACCCACAAUAGUCUAUAGCUCUGAACGAGAGGUGGCAGCUACACAUCACCUUGGCAAGGUUUUAGGGAUUCAUAGAGAUACUAAUGAUGGUUUGGUUGCUGAACAUAUUCGGAGGAAGAUUGAUACGAAAUAGAAGGAAUGGUUGGACUCCCUCUAAGUUCUUGCUCUGGUGCCCAGUUUAUGAGUUUUGUUCUAAUCUUAAGCAGAUGCUACCAUAGAAUUAUAGAGAUUUAGGCAGUCUUUGUAGAAGGGGGGCUGCGCAAAAGUAUGUUAGUUCCAAUGAUAUUGAAGCUUUUUGUUUCUUGGAAACUAAAAUUUCUAAUUAUACGAACACCUUAGUCAAAAGUAUUUGGAGUGGGUCUAAACUGGAAUGGUAUAGUUUCUUAGCAA